AUGACAGCAACAAACAACAACAGCAACUAUAUUGUUUCUGAUGAAAAAGUUAUUGAUUCAUUAGUUGAGGAAUUAGUUGAUUCAUUAGUUGAUGAAAAAGUUGAUUCAUUAGUUGAUGAAAAAGUUAUUGAUUCAUUAGUUGAGGAAUUAGUUGUGGCAGAAACUAAAACCCUCAACGAAAGAAUUGGUGAAAACAAGAUUGAUUUACAUAACUACCUCAAAUACGAUGGAGGAAGAGGAAGGAAAACUGGUAUGGCUUUAUUAGUAAAUAAAAUUUCGAAUUUAACGAUUAUAGAUGUUGAUAUCAAUAAAUCGUACAAUGAUGAACUUAAAGAAACAGUUAGAAAAGACAUUUUAUCAAAACUUUCAGAUAAAGAUGUUAUCGUUAAAACCGCUUCAGGAGGUCUUCACAUUUAUUGCAACACUAAUUUCUUCUAUGCAGUUUCGAACAGAAUGAUUAAAUGUUAUUCCUGCAAUGAUUAUGAUAUUGACAUAAUGACUUCUAUUGAUGAUUCAAAACGUUCAUUAGUGGUUAUGGCUGAUUCAAGAGUUCGCAAGAAUGCAACAGAACCAAUCAAUACAUACUCAUUCAUUCGUGGAAGUUAUGAUUCAACAUUAACCAGAACAGUGAAUGAUAUAUUAAAUGAUUUGAAUAUUAAGGUAAGAGUUGAACAGAAGAAUGAAGAAAUAAAG